AUGGCUUCAUUACUACCUGAGGAAAGUGUAGGGCAAAAUUUUACAUGGCCCAAGCCUUGUCCUCCUCCAAGGAAGCCUCGUGUUCUCCUCGCUGCUUGUGGAUGCCUAUCGGCUGCGAAAUUCGGACAGAUUUGCCAAUGUUUCUUGACAUGGGCAGAUAUAAAUACUGUGGUCACAGAAAAUGCACGGGUUUUUCUUGAAAGAUCAUCAUUUCCACAUAAUGUGCAAAUGUUUUCCGAUAUAGAUCAAGGGAGGGUUUGGUCAGAAUCAGGUCCUCUACUCGGUUCGCCUUUACCCGAUGCUCUUUCUAAAUGGGCUGAUGUCAUGGUCGUUGCUCCAAUUUCUGCAAAUACCAUUGCAAAGAUUGUUGGAGGGUUGUGCGACAAUUUGCUAACAACUAUCAUAAGAGUAUGGGACUACGAAAAGACGCUCUAUUUCGCGCCAUCGAUGGACCCUUUGAUGUGGGCAAAUCCUUUAACAGAGAGACAGCUUCGUUCCCUUCGUGCACUUGGUCCCUAUGUAAUCAUACUAGCUGGAGACAACGCUCAAAAGCAUAUGCCUGAUCCUGAAAUCAUUUCUGUAUUUGUGAAAAUAAAUAUCAGAGUGAAAGACUGA